UAUUUCUUUAAACUAGCUAUGUAGUGUUGAUAUUGAUUAUUUAGGAAAGCAGUGAAUGAUUUGAUUGUGCUUAUAUGUCCACAGUUACAAAAAGACCGUCUCAGCAGCCAUCGGGAAAGAAAAAGGAGAUCGCGGGUCGUGGUGUUAAACAUGAACUUACAGAAGAUCAAAAACAAGAAAUCCGCGAAGCAUUUGACCUUUUUGACACUGAUAAGUCAGGAACAAUCGAUAUCAAAGAGUUAAAAGUUGCUAUGCGUGCCCUUGGUUUCGAACCGAAAAAAGAAGAAGUGAGAAAACUUUUGACAGAAUUCGAUUGCGACAACAAAGAUUCGAUUGAGUUCUCGGACUUUCUGAGAAUGAUGGCUGUAAAAAUGCAAGACAAAGAUGCAAAAGAAGAGAUGCUAAAAGCUUUCCGCCUUUUUGACGAUGAUGAAACUGGGAAAAUAUCGUUUAAAAACCUUAAGCGUGUGGCAAAAGAACUUGGUGAAAAUCUUACUGACGAGGAGUUGCAAGAAAUGAUUGAUGAGGCUGAUCGCGAUGGUGAUGGUGAAGUCAACGAGCAAGAGUUUCUUCGGGUCAUGAAGAAAACUAAUCUAUAUUAAACCUUAUUGAUGUACAUAUAUUUCCUAAUAACUGUAAUUGUAAUUUAAACGGAUUACUUAAAUUUAUACUCCACAAUUACGUUAUAAAAUAAUACCUGCCCGAAAUGUUUUGCGUCUUCUCUAGAAAUACCCGAUACUAUACAUUACUUUAUUCUGUACAUUCACUCAUGAAUUGAAAGUGAAAUUUGUGCACGUUGGUAUGGAUCCAUGUUUUAACAAUCUUGAUAGAAUCCUUCAAGUAAUAUGUAGCCAGCUACCACAAUCCCAAUUUGUUCAAACGAUUCAGGGAACAGCUCUUUUUGCUAAGUGGACUAAUGUAAAAACAGAACAACUUGUUAUCAUCAAAACGUUCCACUUAUUUAAGUUUUAUGGAUACUAAAUGGUAAGACCUAUGUAUGUCAGAUGUAAUUUUGUUUUUAUUUUAUUCCACGAAACCUUUCUUAUACCUACCAACAUGAUAUAUUCAUAUUUUCUAUUCUACUAAGCCUGGAAUGUUAUUCAGGUCAGCUUGUUCAAAUCUCUUAUUACUCCAUAAGUACUAAAAUUUGUUAUUAAAUCAAAAGGAAUUUCUGUUAUACAAAUAGUAUUUUCGGCCACUGAUCUACUUUAAACACAAAUGUAAACAAAGAAUGAAACCUGGAGUAAAAGCUUUCUAGUCCAGGUUGUCACAUAC